AUGGCUUCCCUCGUCCCGCGGCUCUUCCAGGAGGCGGUCACCGAGCAGGCUCUGCGGUCGAACGUCCUCGUCCGCGCCGACACCGGGUCCGGCAAGACCCUCAUCGCCGUCCUCGCCCUGCGCCAGCUCGCCGCGGCGCCUUUACCUGCACGUCGCACGCCGCCAGACGACGACCCGAAGCGCCUCAUCGUCUUCCUCACGCCGACCACGACCCUCGUCGACCAGCAGGCCCGCGUCAUCGAGGCGCAGACGAGCCUGCGGGUCCAGAGCCUCGUCGGGUCGCAAGGCGUCGACUACUGGCAGCGCGAGAAGUGGCAGCAACUGCUCAUCCACGAGGCCGACGUCGUCGUCCUCACGCCCCAAAUCUGGCUCGAUGUUCUCAGAAACGCCUACUUCGACCUGCGCGACGUCCAGCUCGUCAUCUUUGACGAGGCGCACCACGCCCAGAAGUCGCACCCGUACGCCCUCAUCAUGCGCGAUCACUAUCACCCGCUCAAGGCGCGAGGCGAGCCCGUACCGCGCAUCCUCGGCUUGACGGCGUCGCCGAUCUGGAACGUCAAGAACCCGCAGCAGGCCAUCCGCAACCUCGAGGCGACUCUCGACGUCCGGAUCCUCGAAGUCGCCAAGGCGCACCGCCCCGAGAUGGCCGCAGCGUCGCCGAGGGCGACCGAGCUCCUCGUCGAGCACGAUCCACCGGUACCGCAGGAGCUUUCGACGCCCGCACGCCACCUGUCGCCUGAGCAGCUCUCGAUCAUCUCCUCGGCCGACAAGCGCACCCUCGACCGGCUCAACAAGGCGCAGGCCCUGUUCGGCAGCGCCGGCGUCGACGUCUUCCUGUAUCAGCUGCUCGAGGAGCACGUCGGACUGUCGAGCCUGGGCGCGCCGCUCAAACCUCCUGUCGAGCCGUCGUCCACCGCGCUGUCGCCCAAGAUGUCGGCCCUCGUCUCGGUCCUGCUCGAGUUCAAGCUCGAGCCGACAUUCCACGCGAUCAUCUUUGUGCAAGCCCGGCAUCACGCCUCGGUCCUCGCCGAGCUGCUCCGGCGCGUGACGUCGCUGCAGGGCUUUGUCCGGCCGGCCGCCCUCGUCGGUCACGGCGGCCGAGGUGGGCCUGGCGAGCAGGGUGGCGCGACGGCCAAGGAGAUCGGCAUGGCGGUCAAGGAGCAGAACGAGACGGUCGCGGCGUUCAAGACGAGCGAGAUCAACCUCCUCGUCGCCACCCGGGUCGCCGAGGAGGGUCUUGACGUCCCCUCGUGUCACCUCGUCAUCCGGUUCGACGCCCUGACGACCAUCACCGGGUACGUCCAGUCGCGCGGCCGCGCUCGAGCCGCCAAUGCUCGCUACGUCGUCCUCGCCGAGAAGGGCUCGCCAGACGCCGACAAGUACCGCUCGUACGUCAAGCAGGAGCGCGAGCUGCUCGACAUGUACGCCGAGCGUCCCGACGAGCCGGACGACUCGCACGAGCCCGACCUCGACGGCCUCGCGACCUACACGACCCAGAGCGGCGCCCUCCUCACGCACGCCUCGGCCGUCCCCCUCGUCGCCCAGUACUGCCAGCUCCUGCGCACCGACAUCUUCACGACGCUGCAAAAUCCCGAGUACGUCGUCGAGGGCUUUGGUACGGCAUGGCGCUCGACGCUGCACGUCCCGAGGACGCCCGCGCUCCUGUCGAACGUCUUCGAGUCGCUCGUCAUGCCGUCCAAGAAGGCCGCCAAGCAGAACGCCAGCUUCCAGGCCGCCAUCGCCCUGCACAAGGCGGGCGCGCUCGACGACCACCUCCUCCCGGUGCGCGAGUCGAGGGGCAAGGACGCCAAGGACGCCGACGGGCGCAGCAUCGAGACGCAAAACAUGCCCGGCCACCUCGACGUCCACCUCGUGCACCCGUUUGGCGACGCUCGCGUCAGCGAGAGCGCGUUCGUCCACGUCGUCGAGGUUGUUCGGUCGUCCGAGACGACGCGGCUCGCGCUCGUCUGCGGCGCGCCGCUCCACCCUGUCGACGUCGUCAAGCUCUACGGCCGGGCCGGGUCGGCGAUGAGCAUGCGCGUCGUCGCCGUCCGCGAGCAUCGCUGGGCCAACGCGCUCGAGCGCUCGAACCUCCUGGACCAGCUCGAGAACCUCAACCGCAUCUGCGCCCGGAUCGUCCUGAACCGGCGCGUCGACAACGAGCGCUUCUACGCGCUGUGGGCACCUGUCGCGGCAUCUGGCGAGCUCGACUGGUCCGCCGUCGCUGCCGCCUUCUCGCCGUUCGACGGCUCGUCGACCCGUCGCGGCGACCUCGUCGUCGCGCCCUCGCGCCGCGCAAACGUCCGCAUCGGCUCGUUCGACUGUGUGCGCGACGACGUCGACACUGGGUCGCCAACUGCGCAAGUCGAGGUCGACCCGCCGCGGCGCAAGCGCAAGGUCAUCGAGAAGUACUCGCACUACCCGUCGUUCGUCCAGGUCUGCUACGACCACUCGAUGCCGACCAACGGGCCCGAGCCGAUCAUCCAGCUCGUUCCAGCCGACUUUCGCCCACACAACGCCCUCGUCCCGCCGAGUCGACGCGUCCCGACGCUCUACAAGGACCUGGCCUCGACCCGCAACUACCCCGAGUCCAUGAUCCUCACGACGACCCUCCCCGCCAGCUUCUUCCUCGACUUCAGCCUCGUCCCGUCCCUCAACCACCUCCUCCUUGGCCGCUCAUCGGCGAGCGCGCUCAUCGACCGCUUCUCGUUGCCGCCACUCGACCUCGCCCUCGUUGAGGAGGCCCUGACGGCGCCCUCGAGCGCGUGCGGGUGGGACUACCAGCGCCUCGAGCACGUCGGCGACUCGCCCCUCAAGCUCUUUACGACGAUCCACCUGUACCUCGAGAACCCGCUCGUGGACGAGGGCCGCCUCAGCCGCCGGCGCGACAACUCGGUCGACAAUCGGUUCCUCCGCCUGCGGUCGCUCGAGUGCGGCCUCGCCGAGCACAUCCUGUCGCACACGUUGCGCACGUCGACGUUCGUCCCCGAGGAGUCGGUCAACGCGACGGUGAGCGACGACGGCCUGACGAUGACCAACAAGCUGUCGCGUCGGCUCCUGUGCGACACGGCCGAAGCGGCCCUCGGGGCCGCGCUCCUCGACGGCAACGUCUCGUCGACGGCCGACGCCAACAUGCCGACGAUCAAGCUCGCCGUCGACGCCUUCGACAAGGCGCUCAAGACCGGCGACCGCCUCGGCCUGUGCUUCGGCGGCCCGACGCCUUGGCCCGACCGGCCCUCGGCCCGCAAGCUCCUCGACGUCGCGCCGCAGCGUGCAGGUCCCGCGUUCCGCCAGCUCGAGGCCGCGCUCGGGUACGAGGUCAAGACGCAGGGGCAGCUGCUCGUGCAGGCGCUCACGCACCGGUCCUGGGUCGGGCAAGGGUCCUCGUACGAGCGCGAGGAGUUUCUCGGCGACGCCCUUCUCGACACUUGGGCGACGACCCGACUCGUCGAGCGCUUUCCGCACGCGCCUCCUCGGAUCCUCACCUUCCUUCGCGCGCUCCUCGUCAGCAACGGCGUCAUCUCGGCGCUCGCCGUGCGCAUGCUGUCGCUGCACAAGAUGGUCCUGCACUCGUCGCCGGCGCUCGAGGCGGCCAUGCGGGACGCGGCGGUCAAGGCCGAGGCGUUCGAGUGGAAGGAGGUCGCCGACGGAGAGUUGACCUUCAUGUGGUCGCCGCCAAAGGUCCUCGGCGAUGUCUUCGAGGCCCUGGUCGCCGUCGUUUUCCUCGACAGCAACAUGGAGCUCGCGCCCGUCUUUGCCGUGCUCGACAAGCUUUACGGCGACAUCAUGCCGUCGCUGCGGUUCGAGGGCGUUCGCGACCCGUACUCGACGCUGCUUCAGUUCAAGGACGCCCAAGCGUGCUCGCAGCUGUCGAUCAAGGUCAUCCGCAUCGAGCCUUCCACCUCGAUCGUCCCCACCCUCCCUCGCGGCGGCGCCGUUGCCCCGUCUCGCUUCCUCGCGACCGUCACGUCGCACGAGCAGGUCGUCGCCAAGCAGGAGAGCGAGGCCAAGGCCGUCGCGCGCCAGAUGGCGUGCAGGACGGCGCUCAAGGUGCUCGAGCGCGAGGGCGCGUGCGGGUGCCGCGAGGCGGCGAGGAGGGACAAGGAGGAGCGUGCAGCUGCGGCUGCGGCUGCGGCUGCGGCCGAGGGAGCCGGCGAGGGCGAGGCGGCAGAAGAGCGGGAGCUUGGAGAAGACGAGGAGGAGGAGGAGAGGCAGGAGGAUGUGCCCGAGCUCGAGGCCGAGCCGGAGAAGGACGACGAGCUGGAGGAGGAGGAGGAGCGCGAGCUGAUUGGCGACGAGGCGACGUCGGCAGACGCAGCAGAUCCCGAACCGCUCCUUCGCGUCCGCGAGUACUAAAUCUCGAACCC